AUGGCCAUCCUGCACUCGUGCUGCUUGUGGCGCAGCGUCCGGAAAGGGAGCUUCGCCAGUGUCAUCUACACCCUGAUCUACUUCAGCAUAUCGUGCAUCACAAUGUCACUGUUUUUGCACGAAGAACGCCGCUAUCUCCGGGGCGAGGUCGACAAGCCGAUCGGCGAGAGCUUCCUCGAGCGGGACACAAUCUCGGCAGUCACGGUCAAGUUUAACGUGCUGCUGCUCAUCUUCGCCUCGCUCGGUGUCCUGUCGUCGGUGCUCGUGCUAAUCGGAUUAAAAAUGAACAAUCGGGCGCUGCUGCUGCCGUGGAUCUUGGUGAUGAUAGCGGACCUGCUGGUGGAGUGCGCCCAUUUUAUGUAUCUCAUCGUCAUAGAAACGCUUAAAUUUGAGCCACUAACAGCCAUGCUGUUUACCAUCGAUUUCUUCAUCAUGUGUCUUAACAUCUACUGUCUGCUGUGCGUGAUAUCGCAGUACCAGGAGUACAAGGCGGGCCGUGGCCAGGGUGACGACGAUUCGUACACGUGCCCCACCAACAUCCAGUACAGCCCGCCGGCCCCGUCCUGUCUGCCGCAGACGAAGUCCGCCCUCAGCCCCGUGAUCUGCCCGCACACCAACUGCACCCUGAUCCCGGAGGAGACGCAGAUCAAUGGAGCGUUCGUGGGAACAUCGCCGCCCCAGCUAAGGCCACCGCCCGUGUUGACGGUGUUGCGUUCUGGGCCCCGGGGCUCACUGUUGCUGAAGAAACACGUCAAAUUUUGCGCUUCCGACAAGCCGAAGGGUUGUUGUGCCGGCACCGGGGGCAUUAUCCACCCGUCGGAAGCGAUCGGCAAGGAGACGGCCAAACCGAACGGCCUCAGGAUGGGCGUGAUCGAGACGCUGCCAGAGUACAGCGAGGAUAAGCUGUCCUGGCACGAGCCUAAGCUGCCGCAGACGACAGCCAAUCACGUGUAUCCGCCCGGCAAGGGCACGAGCCACGGCGCCCCGGCGGCCGGACAUCAGGCCGACCAUUAG